CGUGACCGCGUCGUGUGGUGUCGUCAGCGGCUCUAACGUCUCUGUCUCGACCCAGUUGUUCAGUCCAGACCACCCGGAGAAGGAGGAGGGAGAGUCGGAGUCGGCAACUGCUCUCAAAUAAAUAUAUUAAAGAUUGUUCUUGCAGCAGAGUGAGCCUUCCCCCACAACAUGUCUCAGGACAAGAGUGGAUACCCUGGUAUGGGUGAGACUAACCCACUUCAUAACAAUGUCUAUGGCCCCCCUCAGCCAGGUUUUGGCAUGCCCCCUCCGAACUACAGCCAGGCCCCAGGUGGACCAUACCCACCAGCAGCUGGCUAUGGGCAGCCAGGCUUCCCCCAGGCAGGCCCAGGUUUUGCACCUGGUCCAUACCCUCAGAUGCCUUACCCUCAGAUGCCCUACCCACAGGGACCCUACCCUCAGGGGCCUUAUCAGCAAGGACCCCCACAGCCAGGCUUUCCCGGAGACCCAGCUGCAGCCCCAGCUGGCAGCCCUGGUUAUCAUGGUGAUGGGCCUCCAUCUUACUAUGACAAUGAGGAGUUCACCAACUCUGGCUUUGAAGAUAAAACCAUUCGACAAGCCUUCAUCCGAAAAGUCUUCAUGGUUCUCACUGUGCAGCUGCUGGUCACUUUUUCCUUCGUUGCCGUCUUCACCUUUGUCGAUGAUGCGAAGUUCUUUGUGCGACGCAAUCCAUGGACAUACUAUGUGUCCUACGCAGUCUUCUUUGUGUCAUUAAUCGUUCUCAGUUGCUGUGGAGACUUCCGCCGCAAGCACCCCUGGAAUUUGGUUGCACUGUCCAUCCUGACCCUGAGCCUCUCCUACAUGGUGGGUAUGAUCGCCAGCUUCUACGAAACAGAGACCGUGAUCAUGGCAGUGGGCAUCACUGCGGUGGUCUGCUUCACUGUCGUCCUCUUCUCGCUACAGAGCAAGUAUGACUUCACUUCCUGUCGGGGCGUGCUGCUUGUGUGCCUGAUCGUGCUGUUGCUCUUCUCCAUCCUCUGCAUCUUCAUCCGCCACAAGAUCCUGCACAUUGUCUAUGCCUCACUGGGGGCUCUGCUCUUCACCUGCUUUUUGGCUGUUGACACUCAGCUUCUCUUGGGCAACAAGAAGCUGGCCCUGAGUCCAGAGGAGUACAUUUUUGCCGCCCUCAGCCUCUACACUGACAUCAUCAACAUCUUCCUCUACAUCCUGGCUAUUGUGGGACGCUCCCGUGAAUGAGGCUGCACCUUAAAGAAAACAGCAGGGAGACAGGGAAUGCCUCCUGUUAUUGUGAAUUGUUGCUAACAUGCCCUUUUAACUCCUUUUACUUUUCCCCCAUUUUACUCUUUAUUUCCUCUCCAAUGAUACACACAGUUCUUUUUUUUUAAAUAGGUAGUAGGGCUGUGGAGCACAUGCAGCUGGUCAUAAAAUGCAGCUGUGAGGGACACUAUCAAAUAAAAAUCUUGCCAUUAUUGACAGAAUGCAAUGACCUGUCUUUUCCUCAAUUUUGACCACCCUGCUUGCUCUAACUGUCUUCUGCUUCUACUAACACAUAUGUCUACAUUAUGUCUACAUUACCCACAACCCUGCAACUUCCAGUUUGGCACGGCAUACAGUAUAAAUUGUGUUGUCCUGUGAGUACUUGGCACUCAUCCUUGCCUUGCUGCAGAGAUUAAACAGGAAAAUAUAGGGGAAGGUAUCUGUAGCGCUUAUUCUUGAUGCAAACCAGCUUUGCCUGAGGAGAAGAAGUUAGUGUUAGAAAUUCCACCUCUGUCAUCCUGUGUUCUUCCUAAUCUCUCCCUUUUCAAACUGCUGGUGUAAAGUAACUCUGCAUGGAAACAUUGGAAACACAGCUAAAGAUGUGUUAUGACUCUCUAGAACUACCAGGGGAAUACCUCUAGCUUGCUUGUCACAGCUGUAAAUAGUUAAGUGUAUCACUAUAUAUGAUGCCAGUCUCCCCCCCUGCCUCCGAAAGGCAUUUUGGGGUGAUUCAUAUGGGUGUGCUGCUUUUUGGAAAAAAUGUGCUCUGACAGCAGAACUUUGUUGACCCAGCAUAGUAACAAAAAUGUUUCGGUGGCACAAGAAUGAAGAUCAGCGUUGGAUGUUUCUGACAAACAUGAACACAAAUUAAUAUUUAUGAACUAUAUAUAUAUAUAUAUAUAUUCUUAUCUAAUAUCUUUUCAGAAGGAAGAAAACAUUAGUUCUGUAAUUAUCUGUAUGGUUCCAAAGCUGACACGUUCCCUUACCUCCUUUUUUCUUUUUUUUUCUCGUUACUGUUCUCACCAGCUCCUUCUUGUCUGGUCAUCAACGUGAAGUGACAUUUUAAUGCUGUUUAUUUUUUCUCGUUACAACUAAUGUGAAAUAUUGAAGGAAUUUAAUUGAAUUUCUGACCACUUUUAUACCAAUCUAAUCUAGGUUUCAGAACUUCUAAAUUUUAAAACAUCUAAUAUGAAGAACUUGAAGGAAAUGGUACUUAUAACUUUUCUAUUUAUUAAGCUUGCUGUAGAUAGCAGGGUUGCUUUGAAGUUGCUAUAAGCUGGUGUUGAGGAAAACAAACUCAGACUGAGAUUUACAAAGACAAAGCAUACUGGUUACAUAACAUACAAAGUGUAACAGGCAAAAGGAAUAAAUAUGCACUGGAACUCCUACACCCAAACACAACUUGAAUGAUAUAUUUAACGUGAACAUUUUUUUUAUUCUGUAAAUUCUGUUUUGAUUUUUCACUUCUUGCAUGACUCUUUCCUCCCAUUUGCAUGUGCUGGUAAUGCACACUGUACAGGUAUUCCUGUUUUGGAGAGAGACGGUGUUGUUUGGCAGCCCCACUUGACUUUUCUUUUUGUUUUUUUUUGUUUUAUAACUCUUGUGUUUGUAUCUAACUAAUGUGUACGUGUAUAUAAAACUCCUUAGUGGUUUGGUGUGUAUAGAUAAAGCAAGUUUCGGGCUUUGUAGGUCUGUUUGCAUUGUAUAUUUGCAUUAAAGUGGAACCACAAUCCUCUA